AUGGCGGCGACGUUGGACAGGGUUAGGAUCUCUGCCUCCGAACUGCGGAACUUGCUGGCAGCUGGGGAAAGCGCGGGAAGCCGAGGGGCUGUGAAGGAGAUGAGGGAACCGCGACAGAGGAAGGACAAUAGACGUCCAGACAUUGAGAUCUACAAACCUGGGCUAUCCAGAUUGCGAAAUAAGUCUAAACUGGAUUUUUCUGGCACUGGAAUAGAUCACACUGAGGGUCUUCAAAGCGAGAAAGAAAAUGACAUUGAUUCUGUUAAUGGGAUAAGCCCAUCUGCUGCUUCUGGAGUUGAAGUUCAGGAGGAAAAUGACAUGGAGCAUGAUGGACUACUGUUUCCAACUUCAGAAAUUCUGGACCGAAAAAGCACUAAGAGAGCCAAAAAACCAGAUCGGCUGAUUUACCAACCAGGAAGACGUCUUCAGGCCGUUGUAAAGGAAUCAAUAGGUGACAUGACAGAAGAUAUUGUAGGGAAAACCGAACAAAUGAAAAUUGUAAAUGAGGAAGGCCUUGACAAUGCAGUUAAAAGUCACAAGUUUCCUCUAGAAGAGGGCAAUAAAGCUACCAAGAAUGACAAAUACAAGAGAUCAGAAAGAGAGAAAAAUAACAAGACUGGUGAAGAAAAACUUAUUUAUCAAGACAAGGAAAGGAGGAGUACAAGUCUGGCCAGACUAAACGGUAUUCCCAUUCAGACAAGCGAAGGACUCGCACACGAACUUGUAGCACCAGUUCUGCUGGAAGCAAUAAUAGCAGUGAAGAAGGUGUUUUAGCAGAGGUGAGUAAGAAAUGUCAAGAAAAAGAGAAGACAGUUGGAGAUAGGAAAGAAAACGUAAUUUCAAAGAAACAAGCAUCACUGUCUUCUACAGACUCAUUUGAGGAUGAAUACAGUGAGUGGUUGGAUGGAGCGAAAGCAAGUAGGAGCAAAGUGAAAAAAGAGGCAGGGAUCCACUGAUAAUGGCUGCUCAACCAAAGCUCAUAGCCCCAAGAACCGAGAGCGUUCUGAAUUGAAAAAAGAAUCCAUGCAUCGCCAUAACAAUGAAGAGAACAGGACUAGGAGAUUUGGGGAAAGAUCUGUUUACAAAUGCAACACCAAUAUGGAGAAGAAGGAACAGAGAGAAAAGUCAGCUGAACCAAAGGGCAAAGGAAGAGGCAUUCUUAUUCUUCCAGCCAACACAGACCUAUCCAACACUACGGGAACACAGGAACUAAGCAGC